GUUUACAUACCACGCUCUGAGCACAUGCAAACGACCGGCCUUACGCUGAAAUACCGCGAAACCGGUUGCUUUACGAUUUUACAUCCUGAAAGAGAAGCUCGUUUCUUAGUCGAGUAGCCGCUGGGACAUUCCAAAUCCUAAUCUUUCUCUGUUCUCUCGGAAACGUCGCGCACAAAUUUUGCUGAAGCUUCUCAGCUCUGAAGUAAAGAUGAGCGAGAAAAAUCCGUCUGCUGAUAAAACUGCCACCUACAAAAACAUUUCAACAACGGUAAUGUUAACAUCUGAUGAAGACGAUCCCCAAACAAGAGUGGAAGUGAUCGAGACCGAGAAGAUACGACUUGGAUGGGACAAUAAAGUCCAAUUUCUUCUCUCUGCGAUCGGGUUUGCGGUUGGUUUGGGAAACGUUUGGAGGUUUCCAUGGCUUUGCCAGAAAAAUGGAGGAGGCGCUUUUUUGAUACCCUACUUUGUCAUGCUGAUAUUCGAGGGAAUACCGAUCUUCUACUUGGAACUCAGUAUCGGUCAACGCCUUCGUCAAGGAGCUAUCAACGUCUGGAGCACAGUUAGUCCCUACCUGGGAGGUGUAGGGAUUGCAACAACGGUGGUUAGCAUACUGGUUGGCAGCUAUUACAACGUGGUCAUCGGUUGGGUGUUGUUCUACUUCGUCCAGUCGUUCCAGUCCCCUCUACCGUGGGCAGAGUGUCCUCAAGUGGCAAGCCCUAACGGCACUGAGUUAACAAUACCAAGAGAAUGCUCCGAGAGCAGUCCAACUGCUUACUUCUACCACAGAGAGACUUUAAUGCACGCCAACAGAAUAGAGGAGAGCGCAGAGAUCAACUGGAAGUUAGCCGUGGCCCUUGUAGUUGCGUGGGUGUUGGCCUACCUUUGCAUCAUCAAAAGCAUCCAGUCAUCUGGCAAGGUCGUCUACUUCACAGCAACAUUUCCAUAUCUGGUCCUCUUUGCAUUCUUCAUUCGGGGUCUAUUUUUGAAAGGCUUUGAAAAAGGAAUAAUACAUUUGUUUACUCCAAAGUGGGAUCGACUUCUGGACCCACUGGUCUGGCUGGACGCAGCUACACAAAUCUUCUUCUCUUUGGGCCUGGCAUUUGGCACAAUGAUUGCCUAUGCCAGUUACAAUCCUAUUCACGGAAACACACUACGUGAUACCAUUACAAUUUCCGUCGCUAACUGUAUGACUUCCCUGUUCGCUGGGAUUGUUGUUUUCUCCAUUUUAGGAUUCAGAGCAACCUACAUGAUGGAAAACUGUGAAGCAAACAAUGCCAAACUCUUGGAGCGCCUCAACUCAACAGCUCACCAGCUGAACACAACUGGAUUGUCCGCUCAUCACGGCAAUGGUACAAACAAUAUCACAAGUGGAUAUGUACUUCAAAAAUGCGAUCUGGAAACUUUCCUUUCCGAUGCAGCCAGUGGUCCAGGAUUGGUUUUUAUUGCUUUCACCGAUGCCAUCAACCAAAUGCCUGGGGCAACCUUCUGGUCUAUCUUGUUCUUCCUCAUGCUUCUAACCCUUGGGCUGGACAGCUUGUUUGGAGCGCUGGAAAGUGUAACGACAGCCUUGCAAGACGUCAAAGGAUUUGGAAAACUAAGACGCGAAAUUCUAUCUGGGCUUCUGUGCAUCACUGGCCUAUGUAUCGGUCUUCCCAUGGUCACAUAUUCUGGUGAAUAUAUUCUUCAGAUGUUUGACAGUUUCGCAGGCAACCUUCCCCUGUUACUCAUCGCAAUCUGCGAGUGUGUCGGUGUUUGCUAUUUCUAUGGCAUAACAAGAUUUUCUGAUGAUAUAGAGUACAUGACGGGUACUCGACCAAACAUCUUUUGGAAAAUCUGCUGGAUGCUCGUCACCCCAGUUGCCAUGUUGGUUAUCCUGAUCGCCAGCAUCGUUCUCAUGUCGCAAGGAAAGGCUUCUUACUAUGCCUGGAACAAGGAAAUGGUCACUUACGAGAAGGUCCCCUAUCCAGACUGGGCAGUCUUCAUCGUGGUUGUACUUGUCCUGAUGUCAGUUCUCUUCAUUCCUGGCGUGGCUAUUGCACGAUACUUCGACCUAGUCAAGUAUCAAAAGUUGGAGCCUGUUCCAUUAAAGGAAGCUGAGGCGAAAUCUCACGAUAACGACUUUAGCGACACAAACGUUUAACUUAAGUUUCAUCAAGCAGUGGAUCCUCAUCUUUAGGACAAUCUCUGAGGCAUAAUAAUAGGGUUGUAUUAACAGGAUGGUUGUUCGCUUAAGUUCCACCUUACUAUGCUCAUAUACAUUUAGGUAAUAUAUUUACUCCUCGACCUCUUCCCUUCUCCUCAUUUUUGACCGUCGUCCACUCCCUUGGUGCAAAUUUCUUUCUCUCCCCAGCCUUCUGCUGCCAUUAAAGUCAAAGGUGGCGGCUAUAACUUACGCUAAGAAAAUACUGAGCACUCGUUCGCCAAAAUUACGCUUGCUCUGCAAAAAGGUGUCUACUGGGGUGUCAAGGGUAAAAUUUUUCUUUUGUUUUCCCUUAACCUUUAUACCCGAAAUCAAGCAUUUGAGUUCCCUUUAUUUUUCUCUAUAUACAUCUAGACGCAACCUUUUGGAGAUCAAGGGAAUUUUCCCUUCCUUGGUCUUUUUGUUUAACUAUUGUCGUAACCUCCACUAGUAGCGUUUUUUUUUGUGAGAAGAAGUUCGACACUGGUAAUAUUUAGGGCUUACAAGGUUGACGGAACUACGUUAUAGAAAACUUGGAAGAAUCGAAGGCAACUUUGAAAUGUUUUGUAAUGUUAAUAAACACCAAAGAGUUAAAAAAUAAGCCAAAAAGGAUGGUUAAAGAUGGGGAAGAAUAACACGAAUAACAAAGGACAAAAUUUUAGAGAUCGGGCUGAAGGUUUCACGAAGCACAAAGAGUAACGUAGUUCCUUCAACAGAUGUUAGUCUUCGGUUAAGUUUUAACCGCUUUAACAUAAAAACAGUCAUGUAAAACUAACUAAAAAAACUCGUUAUCAACACAUUCUCCUAACUAGCCAACUUGAGUUCCUGCCUCUUCCAUUACUCACCGAUCGAGUUGCCGGUUCCUUCUUGUUCUACGACGCAGUCGGUCUAGCCUUUGAUUGAACUCCAUGUUGCAAAAAUGUGCUAUUCAUAGAGGAUGAUUAUAAAUCAUUGUGAAAGAUGUUUUCUUCUAGCAGAAUCGAACACGUCUAUUGAAAAUUGAUUGUAAUCUGAUACAUACAUGUCAAAAACUUUAAAGAUAUUUUAAUUUUUAAUCAGUGGAAACAACUAAAUAUAUUUUGCGAUUUCUACGCAUUUGAAGGCUUUCUCACUUUGUGCAGGAUAUUUCGUUUCCUUUAAUUAUGUUACAUUAAAUAGAUGAGAAAAAGCCUUUUAUUUUUGUAUAAUCACAAUUAGGAUAUUUAACUACAUUAAAAAAUAAUUAAAACAGUAAUUAAGCAUUAAUUUAGUUAGCGUAAAUCCAGUUGAUUACAUAUAUUAAUUACACUGAUUCAAAUACUUUUAAAAAUAGUGAUCAAUAUCAUUUGAUCAGUUGUGCAUUUGAGUGUGAAAUCAUUAGUGCAAUUUACUCUGUUAAAAGUUGUUAUGAUGACUCUGCCCUAAAUGCACAUUCACUAUAUAUCUAUAAGACAUGAUAUUCAGAUUGAACAAAGACAUCAAGUCACUUCCUUGACUUGCACACAUCAAUGAAUUCUAUUUGAAUGAAUCGUAUGCUGCCUAUGAGAAGGCCUUGCCUGCUACUGAUCCCAAAUGAACCAGUAAAAGUGUUCUUUCUGGUGACAAGCAGGAGGUUACAUGGAGUCUUUACUAGAAUCUAGUAUAAUCUGAUGACGGUCACUUGAAGUAUACAAAAUGCUACGAGUUUUGACUAAAACUGAUGUAGAUGGAGCAUAAAGUUAAGAAAUAAUUUCCUUACCAUUACUCAAUUUCUUAAUAUACAAUAACUCACUUUCUGAAUAUAUUACAACAACGUUUCACUAUACUGUAUCAACAUGGCAAAGUGAAUAAAGAUA